AUGGAUGCCUCGGUAAGAUACAAGCGUAAAACAGUCGAGGAACAUGCUCGUUCUGCAGAGCAUAUGGCAUCCAUCGAGACCGAACUUCUUAGUAGAGUUUCAACUUUCCAGAAGGAAAUCAAGCUGAGAGAACAAGUCAGAGAUGAUUAUCUAUUAUAA